GUCCAGAGCGCAGAGACGGGAAGGCUCCGGCCACGGCCCUGCGCAGCCCGCGACGGCCCCGCGCCGCGGCGCCUCCUCGCGCGUUCCCCCACCCCGGCGCGGUGGUCGGGCCCGGCGGCGACGUCACCCAUUGUUUACAAAUCAACCGGAGCCGGUAGGAUUCCGGCUCCCGCGGCUGCAGGCGCGCGGCGCGAGUGCCCGGCGGGUUGCGGCUUCCGCGUCCGCCCCGGCCCGGCCCCGGCUCUCGCACCGCGCACGGUUCCGCUGCGGCCCACCGAGCCCCGCACGCAGCCGAGCCGCCAGCAACGCCCGCAGAGCUCCGGGUGCCCGGGCGGGGGACCAUGCCGUGCCGGAGGGAGGAGGAAGAGGAAGCCGGCGAGGAAGCGGAGGGGGAGGAGGAGGAGGAGGACGACAGCUUCCUCCUGCUGGAGCAGUCGGUGACGCUGGGCGGCUCGGGCGAGGUGGACCGGCUGGUGGCCCAGAUCGGCGAGACGCUGCAGCUGGACGCGGCGCAGGACAGCCCGGCCUCCCCGUGCGCGCCCCCGGGGCCGCCGCUGCAGCCCCCGCGGCCCCCGGCGGCGGUGCGGGCGGACAAGGCCCGGUCCCCGGGGCUGCCGCUGCUUCUGUCGCCGGCGCCGGCCGAGGCGGGGGUCCCGGCGCCCCCGGGGGCCCUGCGCUGCGCCCUCGGGGAUCGCGGUCGCGUGCGGGGCCGGGCUGCGCCCUACUUUGUGGCCGAGCUCGCCGCAGGCCCCAGCGCGCUGCCCGGGCCGUGCCGGCGAGGGUGGCUGCGGGGUGCCGUCGCCUCCCGCCGCCUGCAACAGCGGCGAUGGCCCCCAGCCGGGGCGCGCGCCCGAGACGACGACCCGCACCGGCUCCUGCAGCAGCUGGUGCUCUCGGGGAACCUCAUCAAAGAGGCUGUGCGGAGGCUCCAGCGAGCCGUCGCCGCGGUUGCCGCCACCGGCCCUGCGGGCGUCCCUGGGCCCGGGGGCAGCCGCAGCGGACCCGACCCCGUCGCCCUGCAGCCCUCUGGCGCCUUGCACUGACCCUGGGCCCCUGGAGGAGGAAGAGGAGGUCGCUGCGGAGACCCAACAGCGUCCUGCCCUCACCAACCCUGAGCUGAAGCCUUCGUCGCUGUCCUGGGAGCGACCGCCUAGGCUGCGGGGAGGCGCGUGGGAAGAGACCUCAAGUCGAGAAGUUAUCGGCCCUGGCUAGGCUGUCGGAGGAAACUUGAGCGUGGAGAAACGCAUCGGCGAGGGUGCAUCCGUGCCGCGUGAGAAUUUCCCCGGCUACCUCGGGGCCAUGGACCUGGAAUAAACUGGGAGAACUAUGGCAGCUACUUGCAUCCACUUGUACCUGACCUAACCCUUCGGGGCGUCGUGUGCUUGGAUUGUUUAAAGAUAGGACUCCAAGGGACGGGAAUCACAUGGGCUUUAUAACAAUACUUGAAAACUAAUGACACGAAUACAUUUCCUUUAUUUUCCGGUGGAAGAGCUUAGUGAAAAUGGUGCUACAAUUGCUGUGCAAAGAAAUCCCGGAGGGCAGAAGAAUGUAAAAGCUUGUGGGGGGGGGGGGGGGGGGGUUGGCAUCGCCCCCUUUCUCCCAGCUAAGCGGCAGCUGGUGGAGGUGGGAGAUGUGAACUCCAGUUAGGGGGUUGGAGGGAGGUGGAAAAUUUUGAAGGUGGGUAGAAUUGGAGUUCAAUGUGGACUUUUAAAUGACUUGACCUUUCCACCUGUGGUUCAAGGUCACGGUCUGCUGUCGGUGGGAGGCUGUGGGGUUCCUGGGAGAGCUAACUCACCCCUGUAUCGUUUCCUUCUCUUGUUCUAAGAAGAACCGGUCUGUGCUUGGCUACCUCUUGGAGUCUCCCGAGGACAGAGGCGGAGAGGGACGUGUGGGGAGAGUUAUUUGUUUUUUCUGUGCUUUUCUCUUUCCGGAACUCCUCUUCCUCCUCCGUUGAGGCCACUGUUGGCCCUGCCAUGAGCUUUCUCAGAAAGUCACAAACCAUCCCUUCAGUCUCUCUCCUGUCGUCCCAGCUCGCCUUUCUUAUUCCACCCUUUCUGGUGUCUCCCCUCGAUGGAUGAGACCCUGGAUGUUGUUCUGCUCCCGUUCUGGCCCUCUGCAGCCGUGGUUCUGAGCCUCAGUGGGUCGUCACCCCUCCUGCUACCAGCUCUUCUUUGUGAGUGACUGAAACCAUUUUUAAAAUGUGACUCUCCGGGAGGAGAAACCGCUGGCUUUACCCUUCUGAAACUUGACGGCGCUUUAAGUAAGGUGCCACCCCCAAACUUUUAAGGUAGCUAAACAAAUUUUUUUAAAAAGAUUCAAUGGCUUGUUCAUCCUCCAGAUGUAGCUAUUGACGUACACUUCGCACCGGAGUGUCUGAAAUUGUGGUGGUCCUGAUUUAUAGGAUUUCUUAAUUAAAAUAUCAGCUGAAUAAAUUUGGUUUUUGUUUUGGA